CCGUUCGGUCCGUACAGGAGGGGUCCACCAUGCCGUGCUCCUCUUCGUCGUCCAACCCCUUCCACUCCCUCGCCUCCGCCUUCCCCUUCCUCUCCUCCACAUCCCCACCCCCAUCCCCACCCGCCUCGCCCGCGCCCGCCGCUCCCCACCUCGCCGUCCCGCUCCUCCUCCCCGUCUCCUCGGCUUCCGAGUCCCGCCGCGGGGCGCAGCCGCUGCCGGGCACGCGGAUGGUCGGCGCGGGCGCGACCGGCGGGGGUAACAUGGCCAGCGGUGGUGGGGGGCCCGCGUUCGUGGGCCAGGUGUUCACCAUGCUCGACCCAUCCGGGAACGGGCUCAUGGCCGUUACCACACGCUUCGAGCUCCCGCGCUUCCUCACCAACAGGACUCCUAUGUGGUUCAAAAGGAUGCUAUCACCGUCGAAGAAGACUGAAAAUAGUCCAGUAUUUAGGUUUUUUAUGGAUCUGAAUGAUGCAGUAUCCUAUGUAAAGCGACUAAAUGUGCCAAGCGGCAUGGUGGGGGCUUGUCGCCUUGAUGUAGCAUAUGAACAUUUCAAGGAAAAGCCUCACAUGUUCCAGUUUGUUCCAAAUGAAAAGCAGGUCCAGGCUGCCAAUAAGCUAUUGAAGUCACUUCCACAAAGGGGCAGAAGGAAAAAACUUGAUGGGGUUCCUGUUUUUAGUGCGCAAAACUUGAAUAUUGCAGUGGCAACAAAUGAUGGAAUUAGAUGGUACACACCAUACUUUUUUGAUAAAAACUUGUUGGACAAUAUCCUUGAAGCUUCUAUGGAUCAACAUUUCCAUUCGAUAAUGCAAAAUCGCCAUACACGUCGUAGAAGGGAUAUUGUCGAUGAUAGUUUAACAUCAGAAAUAAUUGAAGAAAGUGCUGAAAGCUUGCUUGAGCCCCCAGAGGUUCAAGAAUUAAUGAAUGAGAUUGGCCCAGCUGGUAUACCAUUAAAUGUUGUAACGAAAGCUGCAGAGAUUCAGUUUCUUGAUGUUGUUGAUAAAGUCCUUCUAGGAAAUAAGUGGUUAAGGAAAGCUUCUGGCAUACAACCAAAGUUCCCUUAUGUUGUUGAUUCAUUUGAAGAAAGGACUGCUGUUUCAAUUGCCAAUAUUGCUACUACCAGCAGUUUAACUGCUUCAAACGACGACAGCAGUUGCCAGAAUAAUCAAGAAACUCAAUCUUCCGAGCCAAGUGGUGAUAACAGCAGCUACAGAAAUCACAAUAAUGAAGAUCAUAAUCACUUUCCGUUUAGCAAUCUGCUUCCAAAUAUAUGGCCAGGGCAUGACAGAAAGUUCAAAUCACAAGAGAGUGACAAUAAGUUUAGCAGAUAUGAUGCCGACGUGAAGAGUAAGUUACAAGCAAACCCUCUUCUUCCGAAAAUCACCAUGGUUGGCAUCUCAAUGGGUGAUGGUGCACAGAUGAGCAAAGCCAACUUAAAGAAGACAAUGGAAGACUUGACAAAAGAGUUGGAGCAAACGAGUGAAGAAAAUAUGUUCGGUGAUGAAAAAGACCCACUUUUUGUUGCCAACGUUGGUGACUACUCAAGGAUAACAAAGAUUAGCUCUGCAUGAGGCUCGUUGACCAACAGGCGACAGCAAGGGUGUUGUACUGAACUGCUAACGAAGUCUACAGUCCAUGAUACUGAUCUUAGAGGGCUCUACUGAUAUAAUGAUGCAAAUCGGAGGUCAUCAGAUCAUAUGGACAUUCGACUGUCGACCGUUCUGACUUUAGAGGCUAUCCAACGUCAACAGUUACAAGCCAAUCUAAAUUUUCGGAUAUGAUUUGCCAAAAGGAUGAUUGUAAAUAGAAAAGUUUGCAGAAUGUCCACCAUGCAGUUAGGCGUGAAGAUCUGAAGCAACAUGUUGUUGGAUUUCUAAGAUCUUAGCUCGUAACAGCUGUAGAGUAUGGUGGUAUAUAGCUUCAGGAUUGAGAUGGGGGUCACAGGAGUCUGUCAGGUGAGCAGAGUCGAAUAAAUUGAUGUGGGUAGCAUUUUUCUUCACUAGCUGCGUAUCGGAUCUGAGUGUGUAUGGCGAGAGUUACGGUAAAUGUUGGUUCGCAUAUAGGUCCUUGGAUUAUUUAUUGUACGCGAUAUGGUGAAAGGAGGUUGUAGCU